AUGAAGCCUCAGAACACCACAUUUAUCAUCUCAGGGGGAAGUUCAGGACUGGGCCUUGAAACAGCUCGUGACCUACACAAGGCUGGAGCUUAUGUUUUGCUUCUGGAUGUGAAUUCUGAUUCGGGUGAGAGUGCAGUAAAGGAGUUAGGAGAGGAAAGAGCGAAGUUCAUCCAAACGGACGUGACCGACACUUCAAGCAUCCAAGCUGCCAUCGUUGCCGGCAUCAAGUGGAUCAAGACAACUGGAAAACCAAUCGGUGGAGUCAUUGCCGCGGCCGGAGUUGGCAUGCCUGCCAAGAUCUUCGAUGCACGAUCACAAUUACCCAUACCAAUCGAAAGCAUCGAUUUCAUCAUGAACAUCAAUGUCCGAGGAACACUCGAUCUUAUCAGACUUUGCAUCCCACACAUGAUCCAGAAUGCACCCUUCACAGAAGACGGUGAGCGAGGCGUUCUGAUCCUAGUAUCUUCAUCCGCUGCCUUUGAUGGCCAGCCUGGUCAGGUUGCCUAUGCCGCAUCAAAAGGAGCCAUCGCCUCGCUGACUCUCCCCUUAUCGAGAGACCUUGCAAGGUAUGGAAUCCGUGUUGUCACCGUCGCACCAAGUUUGUUUGAAAGCAAUAUGACAAGAGCGCUUCCAGCGAAAGCGAGGGCAAGUCUUGAGCGAGUUAUGGAGUUCCCGCGUCGGGCCGGGAAGCCGGAGGAGUUUUCUCAGCUGGUUUUAUCGAGUAUUGAGAAUCAGAUGCUGAAUGGGACAGUUAUUCGGCUGGAUGGAGCUAUGAGGAUGCCGAGCCGGAUGUAA